AAGAAAGAGGUACUCCAUUGUCUAUUUUAAUAAGUAAUAGGUAGUAUUCUACAAUUAUGACAAGUUAAGGGUAUAUCUCUGUAAUUUUGCUCCCAUAUUUCUCUCCAUCAACGAACACAAAAAACGGAGCAACUCGCCGGAGUCACCUUGCCGGAGCCGGCGAUCGGAGAAAAUUCCGUCCAUAACCGAAGCUGAAAAAUGCCUAGGGUUAAGACAAGUCGUAUAAAAUAUCCCGAGGGUUGGGAGCUGAUUGAGCCUACCCUAGCUGAACUGGAUGCUAAAAUGAGAGAAGCUGGCAAUGACUCUAAUGAUGGUAAAAGAAAGUGUGAAGCACUCUGGCCUAUAUUCAAGAUUGCACAUCAGAGGAGUAGAUACUUAUAUGACCUUUAUUAUGUAAGGAGUGAAAUAUCUAAAGAGCUGUACGAGUUCUGUUUGGAACAAGGUCAUGCAGAUCGCAACCUGAUUGCAAAAUGGAAAAAGCCUGGAUACGAGCGUCUCUGCUGCUUGCACUGCAUACAGCCCCGGGAUCACAACUUCGCGACUACUUGUGCUUGUCGUGUUCCCAAGCACCUUAGGGAAGCUGCUGUAAUAGAGUGUGUACAUUGUGGAUGUCAAGGUUGUGCAAGUGGUGACUAAUUUGCUUUCCCUUAGCUGUAUGUUAUGAGAUCAGACAUUAUCUUGAAACACCUUAGCUUUUUCCUUCUGGAUUUUCACAACAUUAGAAACCUUUGUCUGUAGUAGUCUAGUUGAUAUACUAGCUUUAUUGUUAAUUCUCUCAUGUGUAACAAGUACUUGUGUAUGAGCACCAAAGGAUGCGGCGCAACGGAUGGGGCUGCUCCUCCCUUAAUCAGAUGUCUCGAAUUCGACCCCUGGAUAUGGAAAAAUUCUUGGUAGGAAGAACUACCCUUGAAUGGGCCCUACCCGAUGCGAAUCCGGAUUAGUCGGACUCCAAUGCUACCCCGGACGCCGGAUGAAAAACCAAAAAAAAAAUAUUGUGUAUGAUAUUCACCUCAUGCUUUAGUUUUUGGUGUUGAAGUUAAAUCAUAUGUUAGUUUCUUUA